CAAUUCCCAAAAUAAGAUCCUUGUUAGACUAACAGGAAGGAGAGGCUUCUCUUUCUUUCUUUUGUCUAUUCUAUUCUUCUUUUUCCACCCAGUGAUGAUGGCACAUGGAUGACAUAGCAGUAGCCUUUGCCUUCUUAUAAAUUAUGUGUUGAGGAGUCAAUUUAGACAUGUCUCCUUCUUAGCAGUUAGCUCAAUUAGUGGGUCUUUAUAAGCAUAGUUCUCUUGCUUUCAUUCUCACUAUGCUGUUUUCUUUCAAUAGGGUGUGGUGGAAUCUCAGGGUAAUUUUGUUUGGUUAGAAGGAAAGAUUGAGAGAAAAAUGGAGGGAAAGUCUAAUGGAUAUCAGACCUCCUCUUUUGUUGCCGAUCUUUUCGAUGUCGAGGAGUCGCCAUUGUCAUCAGCAUCAGGAGUUCUUGCAGCAAUGUUUCCUUCUCCACAGAAGGUGGGAAGCAGGACUUCUAGCUCUGGGGAUUGGCUAAAACAGACCAACGGGAAUCAACCACGGCACACAAAGCAAGGAAAUUCAGGAGGGAGCUUGGAGCCUUGUCAUCUGAGUUCAUCUCUAUACUAUGGAGGACAAGAUGGAUAUUGCGAGGCCCCAUCAGGUGGACCAUCCCCACCCCCACCGUCCACUUUGAAGAAAAGUGGGGGAGAAGAUGAUCCAAAUGGAAACAACUCUCAACCUGCUUCUAGGGGAAACUGGUGGCAAGGUUCCCUUUAUUAUUAGGACCUCUGCCUUGCCUUGGCGGCACAUGAAUCCCCACCUAUUUUCUAAGUCAUGGACAACACAGCUUGAACAAACAUGACCGUCAACCGCCACCGACCGAGAAGAGGAAGCAACUGAAGGAGUGGAGGUGGUGGGGUCAGUGUUGUUGCUUAAAUGAAUAAAAAGGAGAGGCGUCUGGGAAAGAAACAUGUCGGAAGGCACUCAUUUUUUAACUUAAGAUAAGAAUUCCAAAAAGAGAUUAAGAUCCAAAAGUUGGAAUAACAUGUUAUUUGUUUCCUUUCUUCAACAUGAUUAU